AUGACACGAUAUCGACCUUUGAUUAUGUUGGCCGUGGGAAUAACCUUUAUUUAUUGGAUAAUAUCCAUACAUUCACCACCUCAUCCAUAUCCAAAAAAUAUUGCCUUUGUUCAAAGUAAAAUAUUUAUGGAACCUAAACCCGACGGAGUAUUUAUAUAUAUUAAAGAUGAUUGGAUAUACUUAACUGCUGUAUGGAAAGAAUAUGAAGUUAUUGGAGAUGUCCGGGGUGUGGUUAAACAAUAUAAGAGACCACUGCAUCUACUUUUAUCAUCUGAUAACAAUUUCGAUCCAAAUAAUGAAGGACCAAUAACUCAUAUAUCAAGUUAUUAUCACAAAAACAUUUCAAAUCCAACAUCAGAUUUAGAAUAUAAUGAAAACAAUGCAUUGGCAAUAUUAUAUCAAAGAUUAGAGAAUGAACGAAAUCAAUAUGUUUUGAGAUUAUAUAAUUUAGAAAAUUUAGAAGAUGACUUUGAUGAUUUUAAUAUGAUAUUACCAGGAACAACAAAAAUUAUGUCCUUUCACGUUGCGAACUCUUUGAUAUUAUAUUCAAGGAAUCAUGAUGAUUCAAAAUUUAGAACUAUUCAAAUACCUAUAAAUAUAUUUGAAAUAUCAAAGAAAAAAAAUGAACCAAUAAUUCUUAAAUCCAGUGAACCUGGUCCAUUACAAAAUGUGAUACGUGUCAUGCAAGCAGAAAUUACUGCAAAUGAUGAAUUAUGGAAUUUCAAAGUUAUAGUCCAUAAUUCAUCUUUAUCUGAAGAUUCUGAUAGGUCACAAAUUAACAAUUGGGGAACAAAAUCCUUAAUUGCGUAUAAAUCACCCACUUCCAAAAAAGAAGAAUAUGAUUUUGUACAAGGAAUGACAAUGAAUUCUCCUUUAUCAAUUCCAAAAUUAAUCGUUGUAACUGCUCGUAAUGUUACCACAAUAUGUAUCGCUUUGAAUAAUGCAUUAUUUACAUUUGAUUAUAGAAACACUACUUCAUCAGAACAAAAAUCAAAGAGUAAAGAAGCUUAUACAGUUGGUGUUGAACAUUUACCACUAAUUGAAGAAUGGCCUUUUCAAGUUAUUGGAAUGGAAAUUAAUCCUAAUGGAAAUUUAUUAUUACUUGUCACUCAGGAAAAUUAUAUUCUGAUAUAUAAAAGAGCAAAUGCUAAUGGAGAAAGUUGGGAAUUGAAAAUGGUUAUAACAGCACCAUAUUUGGAUUUUAUAAGUCAAUCUGAUUUAUAUGAAUUGGAUGUUAUUGCAGUGAGACCAAUAAAUAUUUCAAAACUUAAUUUGGAUAAUAAUAAUGGAAUAAAGAAUACAGGAAAUAUUUUACUUACUUUGUUUGAUAAUGGAAGUGUAGCAACAUUUCAUUUGGAUAAAGCAGAACAAGAAAUGAAAUUAUGGUUUAUCAUUAGAAGACAGUGGCAGAUGUAUAUAGGAAUGUUAUGUGUAGUAUUAGCAUUUGUGUGGAAUGAAUUAAAUUAA